AAAUGUGUAGGUGUGUAUGGUGUUGAAUAUACGAAGCAACAACAACAACAACGACAACAACAACAAAUUAUCGACAAUUUAUCAUUGAAAAUCUGAAAAAGAUUUUAUCGUUCGGAUCCAGAAUCAAAACAACAACAAAGCCAACCUGAAAUUCAAAAAAAAAUAAAUGAAUAAAUUUGGCAACAACAACAGAUUAUCAAGGCCAUCAUUAUGGUCUCUAUUGAUGGUGAUGGUGGCUGUAACAAAUAUUUUAUCAUUUGUAAUGGCUAGUGGUGGUUCGUAUGGUGGUGGUGGUGGUGGAUAUCAUGAACCACCUAUAGUAAAAGUUAUACAUAAAACCGUACAUAUACCAAAAGCAGUACCGGUACCAAAAGUGAUACAUGUGCCUAAAAUGGUACCCGUACCAAAAACUGUUGCUGUACCACAUCCAGUAUAUGUACCGGUAAAAGUACCAAUAUAUAAAACAAUAAAAAAAGUAAUACCAAUACCGAAAACGAUACCGGUACCAAAACCAGUGCCGGUUCCUGUACCGAAACCAGUACCAGUACCAGUGCCGAUAAUAAAACAUCAACCAUAUCCAGUAUAUAAAACAGUGACCAUUGCAAAACCAUAUCGGGUUCCAUAUCCAGUAAAAGUACCGAAAUAUGUACCAUAUCCAAUACCAAAAGUGGUACAUGUACCAAAACCAUAUCCAGUUCCGGUUAAAGUACCGAUUUAUAAACAAAUUAUUAUUAAAAAACCAGUUCAUAUACCAGUACCUGUUUAUAUUAAAAAGAAACCAGUAUAUCACCCACCAUCAUAUGCAUAUGAUGAAUAUGCUAAAGCAGCUGCUGCAUCAAAUCUACAUGAAGCUAAGGUAUUACCACCACAACAACAACAACAACAACAACAACAACAAUCACAACCACAACCAUCGCAUUCACAUGAAUCUGGAAAUGUACAACAAUUAAUGAUGAUAACGAGAAAUAAUGGUGAACAGAAUAGUUAUUCGGCUAAUCUAAAUCAACAACAACAACAACAACAACAACAAUAUUAUCAUUUACAGCAACAACAACAACAACAACUACAACAACAAUAUGAUCAACAUCAGGCGCAGCCAUCAGAAAAUAGUCAAACAACAAUAUCAAUGAUUAAUUAUUAUCCACAUCAUUAUCAACAACAGCCACAACAACAGACAUAUUAUUUACAGCCAAAAUUAAUGUAUCAUUAUCAUCAACAACAACAACAACAAGCUCAACAUCAACAACAACAACCAUAUCCGGUUGCCUAUUAUCAACCACAACAACAACAACCA